AUGGAGGACGCGGACCACCAUUUCAGCGUGCUGACACCGCUCUCGCCUCUCUCAGCGUCGUCCCCAGACGACCUACACGCGUCCCCACCGAGCUUCCUGCCCGCAGCCUCGUCCGCAAAGCCCCAGAAACCUAAGAAAAAGCGAAAGGCAACGUACGUGUUGCGGAAAAAAGAGCAGUCCGCGUUACAGCAAGAAGUUGAGCAACUAGAAAGCCAAGUUGCCGUACUCAAGUCGCACUCUCUCCCACCCGAAGAGGCCGCUAAGGCUGACCCACAGUUGCAUGUUGCCAAUGCUCAGUCGUUGCUCUCUCGGUGUCUAGGAGACCAGCAUACACACCCACUGUAUACACGUAUCCGGCUGACGAAAGACUGGUCAGGAAAAAGAGCAACGCUGCGAGCUAUACGCGCCGAAAAGUUGCGGAAUGCCUACGAGUACAUUAUGGCGCGAAGUAGCCACUCACAGCCAGAGAAGAUGCAGCUGUCGGACGAACGCUUCGAGUCAUCACAGGGCGAUCUGUGCUGCGUACGGUUUGAGACGAUCCACUUUCGAGGCGUCGAGUCGCUCGACCAAGUAUACAACGCGCUCAUCUUCUACAUGACCAACAUGGAGAUCAGCAUCUCUGAGCGGUUGGGGCACAUCACCGUGCGAGAUGAUUACGAUUCCAUCGAGGGCACGGCCUAUAACUCUCGAAUCGCAUCCACCGAAGAGUGCGGCGUCACAACGGAGAUGAACGCUGUGUCAUUUCCGCAACUUUUUGCCGACAACGAACUGGGUCUAGGUGUCCCUGCUUGCGCCAUUAUGGCGGGCCACUGUGUGGAUGAGGAUGAGCUGUAUCCAUACAAUUAUGUAGAGAGAAUGAGGAAAGAUGUGUCCGGCGCGGUGCUGCUUCCGGCGAGUAGGAGGAAAGAGACCGAACUCGUCGUGACGAUGCGCCGCGCUGCGUUCGUCAAGCUGCACAAACCCACGCUCCCCGUGUCACCGUUUGCGCUGCAGGAGCUGUAUGAAGGAAUCGCACGCUGGGGCGACGUCAUGCUCAAGACCAUCCGUAGUGUUGUGUAUGCUUCUCCGUAG